CAGACCCAGUCUGGUGUCUGCAGGAUGCCAUACCUAGGCUCAGAGGAUACAGUGAAGGAACUGAAGAAAGUGUUGUGUAACCCUCACAUCCAAGCCGACCCACUGCGCUACAGGAAUGUUAUCCAGCGAGUGAUCAGGCAUAUGACACAAGGCGUAGACGUAUCCAGUGUCUUUAUGGAAAUGGUUAAAGCUAGUGCUACAACUGAUAUUGUUCAAAAGAAGCUAGUAUACUUGUACAUGUGUACAUAUGCUCCGCUGAAGCCAGAUCUAGCUCUUUUAGCUGUCAACACUCUGUGCAAAGACUGUUCAGACCCCAACCCCAUGGUUAGAGGCCUGGCCCUACGCAGCAUGUGCAGUCUCAGGAUGCCUGGCAUACAGGAGUAUCUCCAACAGCCAAUCCUGAAUGGUCUGCGAGACACAGCCUCCUAUGUAAGGAGAGUAGCUGUCCUUGGAUGUGCAAAGAUGCAGAAGCUCCACGGGGACAGUGAAGUGGAUGGUGCCCUAGUUAAUGAGCUGUAUAGUUUGCUUCGUGAUCAAGAUCCUAUUGUGGUAGUGAAUUGUCUGAGGGCACUCGAGGAGAUCUUGGCAUGUGAGGGCGGAGUUGUUAUCAACAAACCCAUAGCACACCAUCUUCUUAACAGGAUGCCUGACCUAGAUCAGUGGGGCCAGAGUGAGGUGUUGACUUUUCUGUUGCGCUACACACCCCGCUGUGAAGAAGAACUCUUUGACAUCUUGAAUUUACUGGAUGGGUAUCUCAAGAGCAGCAGCCCUAGUGUGGUGAUGGCCGCCACAAAACUCUUCUUAGUGUUGGCCAGAGAUUUUCCACAUGUGCAAACAGAUGUGCUGGUGAGAAUUAAGGGUCCACUCCUGGCUGCUUGCACCUCUGAGAGUAGGGAACUCUGUUUCACUGCCCUGUGCCACGUGCGUCAGAUCUUAGAAAGCCUUCCUGACCAUUUCAGCAGCCAUUACAAGAAGUUCUUCUGCUCAUACUCAGAACCACAUUACAUCAAAUGCCAGAAGAUGGAGGUGCUGUGCAAACUGGUGAAUGAUGAAAACAUGCAGCAAAUACUGGAGGAGUUGAGAGGCUACUGCACUGAUGUGUCAGCAGAGCUUGCACAAGGAGCAAUUUUUGCUAUAGGCAACAUUGCUAGGACAUACACAGAGCAAUGUAUCAGGAUACUAACAGAGCUCCUUGAGCUGAAACAGGAGCAUAUAACUUCAGCAGUGGUGCAAGUGUUCCGGGACCUGGUGUGGUUGUGUCCACAGUGUACAGAGAAUGUGUCUCAGGCUUUGCAUGGUUGUGAAGAGGCUAUCCAGGACAGUGAGGGUAAGCAAGCUCUAAUCUGGCUACUGGGGAUACAUGGGGAGAGAGUUCCCAAUGCUCCAUACGUGUUAGAAGAUUUUGUGGAGAAUGUGAAAUCAGAGGCAUCCUCAGUCGUGAAGGUUGAACUGCUGACUGCUUUGGUGCGGCUCUUCUUGGCACGUCCAGCUGAGUGUCAGGAUAUGCUGGGUCGAUUGCUAUAUUACUGCAUUGAGGAAGAGGCAGACAUGACCGUACGGGACCGUGCGUUGUUCUACUAUCGUCUUUUGCAAGCUGGUACAGAAGAGACAAAGAGGGUUCUGUGCAGCCCCACAUCCGAUCACUCCCUGCGGCUUUUGGAAGAUCGGGCUGAAUGCUCUGUGAAUGCUUGGGCCUCGGAUUUUAACACUUUGGUGCCCAUAUGCGGCAAAGAGCAGUGGGCAGCCAUGAUUGCUAAACAGGUUGUUGAGCUUCGCCAUACAGACUCUGUCUGUGAAGCCUCUUCAGCGAUGGGAGCAGAGCCUCUAGUUACAGAAAAGAAAGAGGACGUUCCUCCCGUUGCCACCAGCUCAAGUGGCCUUACUCUGAUCCCCAGCACUUGUUUGACUGCCGAGCAGUUCGAGAGAGUGUGGCUGAACUUGGCUGUGGGUUGCCAGCAAACCGCUCCCUGGCAAGAAAAUGUUCAACCUGACACCAUUCAGGCUGCACUCCAGGUUGUCCAUAUCCAGACUAUUGCUAUGAGUAAGGCUAAUUCCCAGGUCUGGAAAGCCUACCUUGGUGCCCAGGAUGAUGCGGGCUGCCUCUUCCUGACUGAGCUGCUGCUUGAGGCAGAGAAUGCAGAGAUGCAGGUGUUAGUGAAGCAGAGUGAAGACAAACCUGAAGCAUUGCAGGCUUUCAUCUCCAUCUUGAGAACUGUGUUGGGGACAGUGGCAGGAGUGACAGCUUGA